AUGUACGAAUGUGCGACCUGCGAGGAUACUUUCUAUUCUCGCGACGAGUGUGACGAGCACAUGGAUGACUACGAUCACUGGGUUGAAUGUGACUCUUGUGACAGGACAUUCAGAUCACAGAGGGCCUGCGAUCAACACAUGGAUGCAUUGGACCACCAUCGUCUGUUUGAAUGUGAAACCUGCACCAGCCAAUUUCGUAGCCAGGCAGGAGUCGAGCGUCACAUGCGUGAACUCGAUCACUGGUCAACCUAUUGUGUCCCCUGCGAUCGCGAAUUCAAUAGCGAGAACAACCUUCGCAUGCACCGCAACUCACGUAUUCACCGAAGCUCCGGAGUCCUUUGCCCCUUCUGCAAGACUGAAUUCGUGACAGCCAGUGGCGCAUCCCACCAUGUCGAGACCGGGUCCUGUUCCAACGCCCCCACUCUGAACCGCGAGUCUAUUCACAGGCUCAUUCGGGCGUCUGACAGCCGGGGCUUGAUCACCAACCAGCAGAUCGAAUGGCACGAAGAGAACGUCAAGUACAGCGUGACUAACGCUGCUUACAAUGGCACUGCUUGGGAGUGCUACUGCUGCCACCGCGGAUUCCGUACCCCUGCAGCCUUGACUCAGCACCUCAACUCGCCGAUCCACAAACAAAGGAUCUACCACUGCCCCAACGGUAACUGCCCUAAGGAGUUUAACUCGUUGGCUGGGCUGUUUUCACACCUCGAGAGCGAGUCUUGUAAGUUUAUGCGGUUUGAGCGUGUCCAGCAGGUACAGAAGAAUUUGAAUGAUGCGAUUACCGGAGGAAGACGGCUUCUUACUAUCUGA